CUCCGAAUGGGGUAAACGAUCGGCCAUAUUGACGUGUGUUGUGCUUUUCAUGGAUUGUACUCGUAGCUGACAUAUUUUGAACACCCGUGAUUGUGAAAUGUUGCCGUCCGUAGUUAGAUUAACGGAUCACUGAUUGUGUUUCAUCUAGUCAGCAAAGAGAAGAAAUAUACAAAAUGUCUGAUCUCUUCGCUUCCGAACAGUCAAAUGGCGAGGUUAAAAAGAAAAGAGUCACGACUCUUGGUAGUCGAAAACGACGAACGUCUGUAGCUGGAAGCUCAAUAAAUAUUGCGAUGGAAGAGGUGAAUUCAUCCUGGAUACACAACAGUUUUCGUAUGCGUCAAUGUAUUCGAUUCACUGAAAAACAGACAGACAAUCCAAGUCAAUGGCUUGUAGACCCACAGUGUCAGUGUGGUCGAUUACGUUCCAUACAUGAUGAGAGGUACCUGUACAAUCCUGACCCAACGACGCCAUGGAACGUGGUGACGCAUACGCAAACUACAAAUACCAACGCAUAUGGUGAAAUCGAUUUUGUGGGAUACAGUGCGAAACCAGCGAAGUAUGUUAGGAUGGACCAUGAAACUCCCACACUGACAAUAUUAAAAUUAUUGAAAGAUCAGUGGCAUUUAGGCACCCCUAACUUACUGAUAUCCGUGACCGGUGGUGCUAAAGACUUUACGAUGACUAACCGACUAAAAGCAGUGUUCCGGAAAGGAUUGACUAAAGUGGCUUUGAGUACAAAUGCUUGGAUCAUCACUGGAGGUACGCAUACUGGUGUGAUGAAACAUGUCGGUGAAGCAGUACGUGACUACACAUUAGGGAGUAGUUCAUACGGUGGUAGCAAGAUCGUUAAUAUCGGUAUCAUACCGUGGGGAGUGGUCAAUAAAAGAGAUGAGCUCAAAAACCCUGACGGCAAGUGGCCAGCUUUCUACAGACUGGAAGAACCUGAGGGUUUGGAAGCAUCAUUGGAUCCAAACCAUACACAUUUUAUUAUGGUAGAUAAUGGUACUCACUAUAGAUUUGGCACAGAAAUUAAAUUACGCAGUAAAAUAGAGAAAGCUAUUUCAGAGAUGAGAUUGCAAGGAGGUAAUCCAGGUCAGAGUGGCGUAACGGUACCUGUUGUAUGUGUCGUAUUGGAGGGUGGUCCAGGUACGAUAGAGACCGUGUGGUCCGCAAUCAUGAAUGGAACACCGGCUGUAAUUGUAGCUGGGUCUGGCAGAGCUGCAGACAUGCUGACAUGGGCUGUGGAAAAUGUACCAGAGAAAGACAUACCAGUUAAAGAUCUGACGGGAAAACUGAUAAAUCAGAAAAGAGCAAUCAUCAAUAACACGUUUGAAGCCAAGUUGAAACAAGUCAUUAAAGAAGAAUUCGGUUCCAAUAAUCUUGAUAAGAUGGUUGGAUGGGUAAAAGAUUGUUUACGAAGGAAAGAUUACAUAACCAUUUUUGAAUUGGACGGCAAAAAUUCCGCCCAAGACAUUGAUCUAGCAAUAUUACAAGCAUUAUUGAAAGCUAAUAAAGGCAGAGAACAAGACCAAUUAAAACUAGCAUUAUCCUGGAAUAGGAUUGAUGUCGCUAAGAGUGUAAUAUUCACUGACAAUAAGAAGUGGAAGCAAGGUGACUUGGACGAAGCCUUACAUAUCGCCCUCAUUAAUAACCAAGUAGAUUUUGUGAAGCUAUUCAUGGAGAAUGGUGUCAGUUUAUGGGAGUUUUUGACGGUCAAGCGGCUAACGAAGCUUUAUAACGAGAUUAAAGACAACACAUUACUGUACGAGAUGCUGAACAAAAUUCGCUCCAAGAGUAAAGUGAGCAAUCGCAUGUUCACGUUAGAAGAUGUUGGCCAUUUGAUGGAGAAUUUGACUGACGACACUUAUGAACCUCUGUAUCUGGAUAAAAACGAUCCAGACAGAUACAUGGUUUCGGAGAAAGACUUGAAAGCAGAUACUGUACGUUGGGCUGAACCAUCAGCUUUAGCUUUCGAUUCUGGUGCCGGAGUUCCGACUGAAAUUGAUCAUGCUGUUCGUGCCAGUGUUGCUGAUUUGCAGGCUGUUCCUGCUCCUAACCCAGUGGCGGCUCGUGAGCACCGAUUUGAUUACCCAAUGCGUGAACUGUUCAUGUGGUCAGUUUUAUUGAGUCAUCAUGAAUUGGCUAAUCUAUUCUGGGAGGAAGGACGUGAUGCAAUGGCAGCAGCGUUGGCAGCGAGUCAAAUAUUGAAGUCCAUGGCAGAACACGAAGAUGACAAGGAUUCCUCUACUAUCAUGGAGAAAAAAGCAGAUAUAAUAUGGUAUGGUAAACUGGACAGAGAACAUACCACCACACUAAGGCUAUUCUGUUGUUUAGUCUUUCCGCCAUUUUUGUAUUGUUUACUGAAAUUUCGGGAGCCAGAAGAAGAAAUAGAUAAUGUCACUGUUACUAAAAACAACAAGGAUGGCUUAUCAGGAGAUCAAUUGAACCAGAGUCUAAAUAUGGUCAGUAUUCACAAAGACAUGGCAAGUAGUAAAAAAAGUUUACUGAGUACUACCGAUGAAGAGCCGACGGUAGAAUUUGUACACACUGAAGAAGGAAUUGAUAUUCGUGCGAAGCGUCGUUUAACAAGUUACGACAAAUUCAAAUAUUUCUUCAAUGCCCCAGUCGUGACAUUUUUUUACAAUGUCUUUUCAUACAUUGUUUUCUUAGUACUGUUCAGUUACAUCAUGCUUGUUAGUUUCAAUCCAGAGAUGUCUAUUGCUGAGGUUGAUGCAUUAGUGAACUACAUGGAAAAGUGGGAGGAAACCGUGAACGACGAAGAUGAUGAUCAGUCGGUUGCCGUGGAAUCCGGUGGACCAAUGCAAAAACUGAGUGUCCGGAUGGGUAAGAUGGAGAACCAGAUGGCCAAAACUCAGAUGGCACUGGAUUGGAUCAUACAGGCAUUAAUAGACAGUAAAAUAACGGCUAAAAGCGGACCACCAAAACUGCAAGAUUCCCGAGGCAAAGAUCAAUCUAUUGAUUACAAUGAUUUAGACGAUGAUGAGGAAGAUGAAACGCUGAAAGUAGCAACAAGUAUUGAGGAACUUGGACUCAUGUUACAUUACAAAUCAAGGUCAAGUCCCUAUCCAAUGUGUGCCGUGCAGCGGUUUAAAGUGCCUGACGAAAAAGUACAUUGGGAGAUUGAUUUCGCUGAUUAUCGUCCUACGAAUUACACGGCAGACGUCGUAUUAAAGAACCCGCCCUGGGCAGACAUUGAUUUGAUUGCAAUGAGUAAAGAUCAAAGACCGCCAAUGUGUUAUAAUCAGUUGGAUACUAACUCUAAAGUUAGUAGAAUCAGUUAUGUUGGUACUUACACUGUCAAGGAUGGAUUACCAUUAAAUCCAAAAGGUCGUACUGGAAUGAUUGGACGUGGUUUACUUGGACGGUUUGGUCCAAACCACGCUGCGGACCCUAUUGUUACAAGGUGGAAACGGAAUCCGCAGGGAUCUAUCAUGGUGGACGAUGGCAAGAAAAUAUUGGAAUUUGUCGCGAUUCAAAGAAUGGACAAUCAGCAAUGGGCUAUACCAGGUGGAAUGGUUGAGCCAGGUCAGUUAGUGAGCCAUACAUUGAAAUCAGAGUUCAGUGAAGAGGCGCUUGGAAAACUAAAUAAAUGUGAGGACGAAAUCAUCAAAAUCCAGGCUGAUCUGGACAAGUUCUUCAAAGAUGGUAUAGAUGUUUACAAAGGUUACGUCGAUGAUCCUAGAAAUACAGACAACUCGUGGAUGGAGACGGUUGCUGUGAAUUAUCACGACGAAAAUAACACAAUCCUUCAACAUUUUAAGCUUGAGGCAGGUGACGAUGCUCAAGCUGUCCGCUGGCAACGUAUCAGUUCUCGUAUUCCGCUAUUUGCCAGUCAUCAAGCAAUCAUAAAGCGAGUAGCACAGUUACAUGAUGCCAGUUUCUAA